GGGCGCGCUCGGCGCCCCGCUCGCAUUGUUCGGGCGACUCCCGGAGCGCGCACAGCCCGCUCGCAGCGCCGCCAGACAGCGGCCCCCUCCCGGCCCCCCGCCCGGCCCCGGCGCAGGCAGCUCAGAUUAAAGAAGCUAAUUGACCAAGAAACUGAGUCCCAGGAGAAGAAGGAGCAAGAAAAGGAAAAGAAGGUCACCGCCCUGAAAGUGGAGCUGACCAAACUGAAGUCUUUUGCUUUGAUGGUGGUGGACGAACAACAAAGGCUGACGGCACAGCUUGCCCUUCAAAGACAGAAAAUCCAAGACCUAACCACAAGUGCGAAGGAAACACAUGCUAAACUAGCCCUCACUGAAACCAGAGUUCAGGAAGAAGAGCAGAAGGCGACCAGACUAGAGAAAGAACUGCAAACACAAACCACAAGGUUUCACCAGAACCAAGAAACAAUUAUGGCAAAGCUCACCAAUGAGGACAGCCAAAAUCGCCAGCUUCGACAAAAAUUGGCAGCACUCAGCCGGCAAAUCGAUGAAUUAGAGGAGACAAACAGGUCUUUACGAAAAGCAGAAGAGGAGCUACAAGAUAUAAAAGAAAAAAUUAACAAGGGAGAAUAUGGAAACUGUGGUAUCAUGGCUGAGGUAGAGGAGCUCAGAAAACGUGUGCUAGAAAUGGAAGGGAAGGAUGAAGAACUCAUAAAAAUGGAGGAGCAGUGCAGAGAUCUCAAUAAGAGGCUCGAAAAGGAAACAUCACAGAGUAAAGACUUUAAACUUGAGGUUGAAAAACUCAAUAAAAGGAUUAUGGCUUUGGAAAGAUUAGAAGAUGCCUUCAACAAAAGCAAACAAGAAUGUUAUUCCCUGAAAUGCAAUUUAGAAAAAGAAAGGAUGACCACAAAGCAGUUGUCACAAGAACUGGAGAGUUUAAAAGUAAGGAUCAAAGAGCUAGAAGUCAUUGAAAGUCGGCUGGAAAAGACAGAAUUUACCCUAAAAGAGGACUUAACUAAAUUGAAAACGUUAACUGUGAUGCUGGUAGAUGAAAGAAAAACAAUGAGUGAAAAAUUAAAGCAAACUGAAGAUAAGUUGCAAGCUGCUUCUUCUCAGCUUCAAAUGGAGCAAAAUAAAGUGACGACGGUUACCGAGAAGUUAAUUGAGGAAACAAAAAGGGCACUAAAGUCCAAAACUGACGUGGAAGAAAAAAUGUACAGUGUCACCAAGGAGAGAGAUGAUCUAAAAAACAAACUGCAAGCAGAAGAAGAGAAAGGAAAUGAUCUCCUGUCCAAAGUUAAUAUGUUGAAAAAUAGGCUUCAAUCAUUGGAAGCAAUUGAGAAAGAUUUCCUAAAAAACAAAUUAAAUCAAGAUUCUAGUAAGUCCACCACAGCAUUACACCAAGAAAACAAUAAGAUUAAAGAGCUCUCUCAAGAAGUGGAAAGACUGAGACUGAAGUUAAAGGAUAUGAAAGCCAUUGAGGAUGACCUUAUGAAAACAGAAGAUGAGUACGAGACUCUAGAACGUAGGUAUGCUAUUGAACGAGAUAAAGCUCAAUUUUUAUCUGAAGAGCUGGAACGAGUUAAAAUGGAACUUGACAAGUACAAGUUAGCAGAAAAGACAGAGUCCAGCCAUGAACAAUGGCUUUUCAAAAGGCUUCAAGAAGAAGAAGCUAAGUCGGGACACCUCUCAAGAGAAGUAGAUGCAUUGAAAGAGAAAAUUCAUGAAUACAUGGCAACUGAGGACCUGAUAUGUCAUCUCCAGGGAGAUCAUUCAGUUCUGCAAAAGAAACUCCAUCAACAAGAAAACAGGAACAGAGAUUUAGGAAGAGAGAUUGAAAACCUCACUAAAGAGUUAGAGAGGUAUCGGCAUUUCAGUAAGAGCCUCCGGCCUAGCCUCAAUGGAAGAAUCAUCUCUGACCCUCAAGUAUUUUCUAAAGAAGUUCAGACAGAAGUAGUAGACAAUGAGCCACCUGAUUACAAGAGUCUCAUUCCUCUGGAACGAGCAGUCAUCAAUGGUCAGUUAUAUGAGGAGAGUGAGGACCAAGAUGAGGACCCUAAUGAUGAGGAAUCAGUGCUGUCCUUCAAAUGCAAUUCAUCUACCCCCUGUCCUGUUAACAGGAAACUAUGGAUUCCUUGGAUGAAAUCUAAGGAGGGCCAUCCUCAGAAUGGAAAAAUACAAACUAAACCCAAUGGCAACUUCAUGCAACCUGGAGAUCUAGUCCUAAGCCACACACCUGGGCAGCCACUUCAUAUAAAGGUUACUCCAGACCAUGUCCAAAACACAGCCACUCUUGAAAUCACAAGUCCAACCACAGAGAGUCCUCACUCUUACACAAGCACUGCAGUGAUUCCAAACUGUGGCACCCCAAAGCAAAGGAUAACCAUCCUCCAAAAUGCCUCCAUAACACCGGUGAAAUCCAAAACUUCUGCUGAAGGCCUCAUGAACUUAGAGCAAAGCAUGUCCCCAAUUACCAUGGCAACCUUUGCCAGAGCGCAGACCCCAGAGUCUUGUGGUUCUAUAACUCCAGAAAGGACAAUGUCACCUAUUCAGGUUUUGGCUGUGACUGGUUCAGCAGGCUCUCCUGAGCAGGGACGUUCCCCAGAGCCGAUAGAAAUCAGUGCCAAGCAUGCGAUUUUCAGAGUCUCUCCUGACCGGCAGUCAUCAUGGCAGUUUCAACGUUCAAACAGCAACAGUUCAAGUGUGAUAACUACUGAGGAUAAUAAAAUCCACAUUCACUUAGGAAGUCCUUACAUGCAAGCUGUGGCCAGCCCCGUGAGACCUGCCAGCCCUUCAACACCACCACAGGAUAACCGAACUCAAGGCUUAACUAAUGGGGCACUAAACAAAACAACCAAUAAAGUCACCAGCAGUAUUACUAUCACACCAACAGCCACAACUCUUCCUCGACAAUCAAAAAUUACAGUAAGUAAUAUAUAUAACUGACGACUCUCACCCUCAUCCAGUCCAUAGUGAUAUUAUUGCAAGGAACUCAGUCCUUUUUAAUUAUCCCUCCACAUCCCCCAAAAGACUGACUGAACUUGUACUUUGGGAAGGUUUGUGCAUGAACUAUCCAAGAGUAUCUGAAACUAACUAAGUGUUGCCUGCAUAGUCCUAUCAAGUGUGCACUUACUGUAUAUCUUUUCAUUUACAUACCUGUAUGGAAAAUAUUUACUCUGCACUUGUAUAAAUACAUCUUUAUGUAUUUCAUUUUCCAUAACUCACAUUAAUUUGACUGCAACUUGUCUUGAUGAAAUACUUUAACAUUUUAAAGCAGUAAAUAAUUUGUUAUUUUUACCAUUGCUUGCUGAAUUUUUUUUUUUUUUUGGUCAUUUUGUGUUAUAUUUUUGCAUGUAUAGUAUUUUAUUUUCUGUUCAAAAGGUUUAUUCAUUCUUCCUUAAAAACAAACAGCACCUACUUCCCAUUUACAGUCAACUUCUGAUCACAUGUUAUUAGAGGAAGAGGAAGUGGUUCAAAUAAAUAAAGUUUAUGUCUCUUUCUUUGAAAAGUGAACUAUAAGAUCUCUCAGGAGCAAACUUAACUUCCUUCUUGAGAUGUAUCUCAAUAUCCAUGAUGACCAGUAAAGUGCUUAGCACAUAUUAAGAACUUGAUAAAUGUUUACUGACAGUAAGUGAAUUAUAUAAUAUUAAUUUGCUUUUAUAAGCACAUAUGAGCUGAUAGUGAAAGUAAAAAAGCUUUGAAAUGUGACAGAAAACCAGAAAAAGCACAUUUGAAAAUACAAGUUACCUAGACAAUCAAGAGUUGACUGUAUUUCUUCUACAUAUGAAAACCCCCAUAAAACAUAUAUAUAUAUAUAUAUUUGCAUCCACAUCUGAAAUCAGCCACUAUGAUAUAUACUCUUGAACAAUGCUUCAAAGCAAAAGUGUCAUUCUUGUCCUUCUUUCCCAUCCCAUCUUUUCCCAUCUUUCUAUUCCUAAAAUAGUUUGGAUUAUUUAAGAUAUGUGCUUCCUACCUUGUUUGUAAGUCAGCUAUACUCAGAAGCUUACAAUGUAAUUGCAUUUCUCCCCAACCUCUAAACAAGCAAAUAAAAGCCAAAGAUAGCUACAAACACAAGUUAUAGAAAAGGCAUAUUUUUAAAAAAAUCAUACAUUAUGUUAGUUAAGGAAAGUUUCCUCUAUGAUUAUUGUUAUGCCAUUCACAAGGUAAGUGAGAAAAACUCAGCCAAAGCAUCCUAAGAAUUCUGAUACCUACCUUAUAGAACUCUUUGAGCAUGUUCUGUAUUUCCAUAGUAGAGAACAACAGUUUUCAGAGGAAUGUUUUAAAUUAUAAAUCUGGUCUCCAUGUCACAUUCCAAAAAAAAAAAAAGGUUUCAGACAAGGUAGCUCGUUACCAUUUUCCCUUUUCCAACCUCUUAAUGGUCUAAUUUACUUUGGUCAAUUUUAUUGCCAGUUACUGAUUUUAAACACAAUCCAUUUAGACACCCAGGCAAACUGUGAAGUUCUUUAGAAGUAAAAGAAAUCUUCCAUGAUUAUCAUCCAUUUCCCUGCAAAAUCAAUUUCAUGAUAGCAAAGCGAGGAUUUGUUGACAGAAACACUUCCAUGGUGAUGAACUGCAACACCAAUGCUGUGGGCUUGCAUCAUCAUUAAAUAAAUUUGGAUGAAAGCUGAGGCUGGUGAUGAAUGAGAAAGCUUCUGUUUAAACACAUUUAUCUUGGGAAUCGGCAGUGACCCAACUGUAUUACAAAAUACAUGAUGGUCUAAAUGGUUUUCAAAACUACUUUUAUUUUUAAGUCACCUUCUAGAACUUUAGAAGGAAUGGCAUACUUAAUUUUACAUCUUUCAAAGUAGACAUUGAUAAUCCUGCUGCAUAAGAUGUUUUUCUAGAUAAUAAUCAAGAGAAGGUACACGUAACAUUUUGGAGGGUGACAAAAACUAGGAAGAAUUAAAGAACAAAGUCUUUGCAAUACUUCCCAACCUUUGUCAGAUAAUGGCACAAAAAGAAAAUAUGCUUCCGCAGCACUGGAUACAAUGGAGAGGUAGAAAUGAGCAACCGAUAGGUUCCUGUUGGCUGCCCCAAGUGCUGAGGGGGAAGAUCCAUUUCUGGCACACCUAUAACUAACAGAGUUUGAAAACUCUGGGCUAUUCAAUAGUUCAUCCAUUUGGUAAGGAUUCAAUUUCUUAUGUGAGCCAGAACAAUUCUCUACAAUAAUGUUAACACCACAGGAUCUGUGCUUUAUGAUUAUAAUGAACAAAUUCUCAUUUCAUCACAUGCUCUACAUAUUAACUAUUAAUAGGCAUCUGAAAUGUAACAUUACCAGAAGUUUACUGGACCUCAAGGAACCGAACUUCUCUUAGAGGUUCCUCUACUGGGAGGAUUAUUUUAGUAUAAUAAUUCAUAUCAGCAUCAAAAUUUAGAAAUACUGUCAUACUCAUAACAUAUACAGAUUAUUAAAAGUGUUACUAAUUAAAAUUUAUGGUAAGGACAGCAUCAUUUCUGAUAGAAAACAUCUUCCUUUUUCCAUAAAAUCUCACAUUUUAAAAAAGCAUCUUCCCAUUCAUACGUUCUAGAUCUUUUGUCCUUAAUUUCAAAAUUAAAUUUUUCUAUCCAUGUGUGUGUUUGAAAGGUUACAGAACUUUCUUUUUAACUCAUAUAUACUCACAGAAGAACCUUGAAAAGUAGGAUAAAGGAAGUGACAUUGGAAAAUCUUCAUAUGAAAUAUGUGAGAGUGAAGGUUUGUAUUCUUAGAAUAGGUCCAUGGGAAUCUCACAGAAGAUAGUUUUUAUAAACAUCUGAUCAAAUCAUAAUUUCCUUUCAUUUCAUUUCAUCUAAAGUCCCAGCUUCAGAACCAAUUUUCAUUUUACUCAGUACCUCAAAUUCUUUAACUUUUUAAGCUGCAGCAUCCUAUCACAGAUUUAAAAGACUUCACCAUAUUCUUCUGUCCUUUUAAGAACAGUGGCAAAACUUUCCUUUAGGAUGCCUCUGUUCUCUGGGGGCACUGGCAAAAAUAAAAUCAUCACCCGUACUAGGACAAUGUGCAUCACUGUAAUUGGAUCUUUACAUAUAAAGGAAGAUCUCUCUAUAUACGUUCAAGAUGAUGAAAGGAUUACAUAAAUCUACUCAGGAGGUCUCUGCAAUUACAUCUCACAUUGCCAAGACAUCAGGCAUAGGUCUUCAUGACACUCAAAGGAUAAAAUUAUGUUGCAUUGUAAGAUGGUCAUAAAGGGGAUAUUUCAUUAAAAAUUAUUAGGCUUGAAGCCUAAGGAUUUGAUGAUCUUUAUUGACUGAGGUAGAACUCCAGACAAAAGCAUGGUUUUGGUAGCUUCUUUGAUUCUGAAUCUUUAUAAAGUGAGUUUCUUUUGAAACUUGUUUGACAAAGGCAAGAAAAGAUCUUUAACAACAUUCUAGUUUACCUCUAUACCUGGUUUCUAUUAUUGUUUUUUCGCCAAAAAUCAUUUUGCUUUGUAAUCCUAAGAGAAAACAUAAUCAGGCAAAAAUGCAUGCCCAAAACAUUAAGAUCUGUGUUUCUCAAAGUAAAAUACAAGAUACAUGUUUGAGACUCCCAAUGUCCCACCCAGAUUCAAAUUGGAAUCUGUGAGGGUAUGGCCCAGGAAGCUACACUUUUAACAAAUUACUCUGCUGAUUAGUAUGCACCCUAAAGUAGUAAUUUCAUUAUUUUAGAAAUUCCUAUAUUGAUAGACAUUAGCAAAUGUGUUCUGACUAUAGUCCUGUUCAGUCAAAAUAAAUUACCCCUGUCCAAGGAAGUGUGACUGUUCCGCCCUCUGGUGGCUAGCAUGACAAACAGCUCAUUCCUCAGGUUUUCUUUUUAUUCAGAAAAAAGCUUAAUAAAAACUACCAUUUUAUAAGGUGGGAAGGUUCUUAGGUUUAUAACUAUAGCAAAGCAUAGAUGCCUGAAUCUUCAGUUGAGCAGUAGCAGGCUGUCUGACACCUACAAGCUGUUUCUCCCUGAGAUCCCAGGCCCUCAAUAACCCUACGGCAUUUCUUGGGAAUUGUCCAGAACACACAUUAAAGAGAGC